AUGAACGUUCUGGCAGAUGAACUCAGCAGAGGGAGGGAAGUUCUGUCACCAGAGUGGAUUUUAGACAUGAAAGUUUGCCUGGAUCUAUGGAAGUUAUUUGAUUUGAGCCCUCCCUCCUACCCACAGGUAGAGCUGGCGGCCAAAAUCCAUUCGAAGAGGUGUGAUGACGUCAUACCUGUUUACCAGAAGUGGGGGUUAACUAGUUACCUGCCAUGCAUAGGAAUCAUACAGCUGAAUAGUUUCUUGAUUUUGGUGGUAGACGUAUGCAAAGAAGAAGGCAACUCUCCUUAUAGGCUUGCAGAUGGAACCAAACAUCCUUCAAUGUACAUGGUGAAACGUGCCUUGACACUUUUCCUUUUGAAUAAGCACUCCAUUGAUGCACAGCACAAAUUUGCCCUUGUGGCACUUCAUGAGUCUCCUAUAUGGAUGCAUGAUUUUACCAACAAUCCUCGUGAGAUUAUAGCAGAAUUAGAGGAACUUGAGGAAGCUGCUGCAACCACUCAUUGUGAUAUGAGUUCACUGUUUGAUCUUAUAGAACAACAAGUGACCCUUCCCCAGUGCGCCAACCCAGCAGUUUUCCCUCCUGAAUUUAUAUGUAGGACAAUUUUGAUGUAUGGACGAUCCCAGUGCUUACCCCAGUUUCUCGAAGGAAAAACGGCUUUUUCAAAACUUAAUGAAAAUCCACACUUCUUUUUGGAUAUAUUGUACAUGCACGAAACUCCAAGUGAUGACAAUAAAUGUGAGGGAAUCUUCGACUUACUUUGUGGCCUAGAUGAGAGUGGCUGGAGCUAUGUACUGGAGGUGUCACGCAAUGCAACCAAAUUGCACAACCAUUGUGGUUCUCUUCUUGCACAUCCCUUGCAAAGGCCUGUUCAAAGGGACAUUAGUUAUACAUUAACAGUUGCUGAAUGAAAUCCUAGGUGUUGUGCAUAAAUUCAUUUUGUGAUGCAAAAAUGUGACCAUGGGAGACAAUAGGAUAACAGUUAGCUGCCUUCCUUCAUGUUCUUCAUCUUUUUCACAGUAAGUUUUAAUACCACUGACAAUAAAGUUUAAAGAACACAAGGGGGAUAUGAAUGCAUGUGUAACAGUAGUAUUGUAUAAUUAUUUGUAGUUCAUUGUAAUUUUUUUGUUAUUGUAUAUCUUCCUAAUGUUUCAUGAACUUCAGAUUCUGCAAUUGUAGUGCAGAGGGACAAUUUUUUCUGUGAUAAGAAGCAAAUGCUUCAAACAUGGUAUUUUUUAGGAUAUUGUAUUGUUAAUUACUUUGUGGACAUCAGAAAGAUGUGUAUGGGUCAACAAUAUAUGUGUAUUGUAAUGUAUCAUGUAAUUUUCACUGUAGCCUAUAGCAAGAUCAUUAUACUCUGACUCAUGAUGGAAGAGUUCAGAUGUGCUAUUGCUUUCAACUACAGUGUAGCUCCUUAUAGUAUUGUUAAAUUGUAGUUAUAAAAUUAGUACUUAAAGUAGCAUCAAGCUCAUAGUGUUUGUUCAUCUUAGCUAAAUUAUGCUAAUGCAUUUUUUAGAAUAUUGUGUGCAUAGCUAAAUUAUACUUAUGCAUUUUUUAAAAUGAGUGCAUUUCCAUCAUAUUCAUACAGAUAUUAGCAGAAAAUGUAUACCUAAUUUCAUUGACAGUUUACUAUUUACAUUGGAUAACUUUCAUAUAAAUUUUGCUAUUGCCUUAUUUUAGCAACUUUUUUCAGACAAUUUAAAAUUAAAGUUUUUACAGCAAUGUUUACCCACUUUGUGUGUUUGUUUUUAUUUACUUUAUAAAUAAACAUGACCAUCAA